AUGGCCGGAGACCUCGCGUGGCCCGAAGUGCCUAUCGGCAACAAGAACCAUGCAAACGCAGCGGUAGUGAUCAUAGGCGGUGGAAUCAGUGGCAUGUGUGUUGCUAUUGAUCUACUCAAGCGCAAUAAAUGCCGAAACUUCAUCAUCUUGGAGAAAAGUGCUGGUCUGGGAGGCACAUGGAAUGACAACAAGUACCCCGGCUGCUGUUGCGAUGUCUGGUCUCAGCUUUAUAGCUACUCCUUCGCUCAAAAUCCGGAUUGGACUAGGGAAUACCCGGGCCAAGAAGAGAUCCUCGCAUAUCUUCAGCGCGUAGCACAAGAGUACAAGCUCCUCCAGCAUUUCAGGUUCAAUACCGAAGUGAAAGACGCAACAUGGGAUGAGAGUGAGAAGAAGUGGAGAGUCAAUGUCAAGACUGCGUCUGGAAGUAAAGAGGCGGAGUACAACCCAGAGUAUGAGAUCAAGACAGAUUUCUUGGUCAGCGCUGUUGGGCAACUCAAUGUACCACAGUGGCCAGAGAUUGAGGGAAUCGAGAAGUUCGAGGGAAAGAAGAUGCAUUCGGCGAGGUGGGACUGGAGUUAUGAUGUUACUGGAAAGAAGAUUGCGUUGGUGGGAAAUGGAUGCACUGCCGUUCAGAUUCUGCCUGAGCUAGCAAAGGUCGCCGACCAUGUCACAGUCUUUCAGCGAACACCGAAUUGGGUCGUCCCUCGUGCGGACGCUCCAGUGAGUGCGACUUGGAGGAACAUCUACAAGUACGUGCCGGGCGUCAUGGCCCGUAAACGAGCGGCUUUGAUGGACUUUCGAGAGUGGACGCAUGGUUUUGUUGCAGACGCCAACUCGGACACCUCCAAAUUGUUCGCACAGAUGUCGAAACAGAUGCUCGAAGAACAACUCCCCAACCGUCCAGACCUACACGAGAAGCUCACACCAAAAUACCAACUGGGUUGCAAACGCAUCAUCAUCAGCGACGACUACUUCCCAGCCAUAGGUCAAGACAACGUGACCCUUGAAACACGGCCCAUCUCCAGCAUAGACGGCCACGCCGUCAAAGUCCACGAUCCAAACGGCUACCCCGUCCCAGCACGAGAAGACUACGACCUCCUCGUCUGCGCUACAGGCUUCAAAACAGUCGACUUCAUGCACCCCAUCAAACUCACCGGCAAAAACAACCUCCCCAUCGGCGAAGUCUGGAAAGACGGCGCGCAAGCCUUCUACGGCAUCACGGUCUCCGAAAUGCCCAACUUCGCCAUGCUCUAUGGCCCUAAUACGAACCUCGGCCAUAACAGUAUUAUCCUCAUGAUCGAAGCACAGUCGCGCUACAUCAACGGCUUGAUCUCGCCAGUCCUGGACGCGAGGAAGAAUGGUAGAGCCAUCAGCAUUACGCCUCGCAAUGAGCCGAUGGAGGCGUACAACGCCAUGAUUCAGAAGGAGUUGCAAAAUAGCACGUUCAACGAUCCAAAUUGUCAGAGUUGGUAUAAGAAUGAGAAGGGAAUUAUUACGAAUAAUUGGAGUCGGACUGUGGUGGAGUAUCAGAAGAUGGUCGAGGAUGUGAAGUUUGAGGAGUAUACUGUGGAAGGGGAUGGGAAGGAGGAGGUGCAGAGGAAGCAGAUACAUGUUGGACGCGUGAAGGAGGAGACGGCGGUUAGUGAUAGGGCUUUGAUGGUGAUGGGAGCGCUGGGGACUGCUGCUCUUGUUGGUGGGUGGGUGCUGAGGAACACGAGGUAUUUGCAAAGUGUGAGGGUUAGGUGA